AUGGACCUGGGUACGCCGGGGAACAAUCGUAAAAAGAAAGGCGAUGGAUCGAUGUACAAAGACGAUAUGAUCGCAGACGGUAAAAAAACGGUGGACUGAGUCGUGGUCAUCAUCAGUUACCACUCGAGAACAUUUCUGCAAUAGGUUGUGAGCCCAUCAAGCUACCAAGCCGCUCCGGAGGAAGCGACGGAUACGACGUCUUACAAGAUCUAUCUAUCGAACACUCCAAACUCGUACGAGGAAUGGUCGAUUUGGAUAUCGAACAAUCUUCGCCUCGAUGAUCUCUUGGACCUCACCACAUUGGGCAUUCCAGCUGUUCUAGAGAUUUUCGAAGCCGGCCUGCUCACGCCCCCGGCUACUUCGCAACCGUCAACAUCUGGCGCCGGUGAAAAGGUGACAUCCAAGAGAUCAUCGAGGCGAAGAUUGUUCGAUAUCCAAAUCGACCAUUCCUCGUGGCGAUCAACCUCAAAGUCCCGCGUCGGUAAAUGCAUGACGGUGGAGGAGGCGAUCGAGGCGGCACGAAGGGACUGGCAAAACCGCAUGCAAGUCAUGGAGGUUGACGAGGCAAGGUUAUCGAGGCGAAAUCAUCACGGUCCCCCGUGCCCCCGCUGACGAGCACGUGACUUUUGGCCCCUUCGAUAGUCCGCGUCCAGCGACGAUGACGGCAAGAUGGACGUCGAUGACGACGGCGAUGAUGAGGAGCAUCAAAAGGGCGACGAGGACAACGAUGAAGCUGGUGAUGAGGACGGCGGCGGCAGCGGCGGCAGCGGCGGCAGCGGCGGCAGCGGCGGCAGCGGCGGCAGCGGCGGCAGCGGCGGCGAGGACCAUGACGACGACGGCGGCGGGGACCAUGACGGCGGCGAGGACGACAACAGCCAUGACAGCACCAGACAGAACGACAGAGAGAGCGAAGAGAAUGACGAAGAGAACGAUCACGAUCAGGGCGGGGCUGCGAGUGACGAGUCGAGGGUGCCCGCACCAGCCUUCGCUGAAGUGGCCAUCUCCUGGAAUACAGGGCAGGAAGCCUGCUGCGCCUUGAUUGAGGCGCCACAGAGCGAAUGCUUUGACGCCACCAAACUACCGAAGUCGUUUUCAACGCUGGAAACGCGGGUCAAGGCGAAUUUGCGCAUGUGCGUCAUACGGCGCCACGUCGUCCCGCGGAAAGCGUCCAAGACGACGAUUGCCAAGACCGGUUCGAAGGCGAAUCGCACCACAACAUCGGCGUACACCCUAAGCUUGAAGGAACAGAUUGAUCUUCCAAUUCUGGGAAAACCCGCCCUACUCGGGAGCGGCCUCGGCGACUUCGCAGAAGUGCGGACGAACCUACGGGAGGGCGACGUCUGGCGCGAAAGCGUGGUGGCAGGUCGCGCGGCCUACCCUAUGGAGGCAACAAACGGUGAGUGA